AUUGCCACCACAACAAAAUCGCGAGGUGUGAACAAAACUGCUGUCGUCAGUUAGUUUAUGGAUACUGUGUAAUGCGAGAUUUGUGACGCUGCCCGGUUUUUAAAUCGCAAAUUGUUGGAAGACAUCAGGGAUUAACAGGAAUAGACGUGUUAGGUCUUCUGAAUGAAUGCUAGUGCUUUGUUAUUGUCGUUAAGUAAUUAAAUAGCUUUAGCACGUAGCAUCAUGGCCAGUCCCGCGAGCGCAAACAUGAACGCGGUCCGGGAGACUAUGGAUGUUCUCCUGGAGAUAUCCAGGCUGUUGAAUACAGGAUUGGACAUGGAGUCUCUGUCGAUAUGUGUCCGUCUCUGUGAGCAGGGGAUCAAUCCCGAAGCCCUGUCAUCAGUUAUCAAAGAGCUCCGAAAAGCCUCGGACUCAUUGAAGGCUUCUGAAAACAGCACUAGUCAAGGAUGACCUGUCGAAAUUUCAUCUAUGACAGAGUGGUCCCUGUUUGAGAAGAAAGAAAACUGCACAAUGCAUUGUGUAUAUAAGCAUGUACAUAGGAUUAAUGUGUUAAAACAGUUGUUUUGCCUUGUUUGACCUACUUUCAUGUGCCUCAGCAUGUACAAUUGGACUGUUAAAGUGUGCUAUUUUUUCCUUUUCUUUUUUUUUGUUAUUUAAAUAUUGUGUAUACGAAUACUAAGUAUAAUUCAUUAUAAUGCUAAAAGGAAAAACAUCCUCAAAACAGAUAUUACUUUGUGGAAUCA